GCGUGCAGUGAAGGGGUUAAAAACAGGAUCUGCUCUGAGCGAUCGUUUUCAGCGAGAGCUGCUUGACCGAGCGCAGCAGGAACAGCAGCCGGCUGCAUACAUCAUCGCCAGACCCCCCUUUUCUCCUCUCUUUCUACUGGAUCUUUACUAGCCAACGGCUCCUGGGAGCAGUUCAGAGCUGUUCAGACCCGUGGAUCCUCGGAUUCUUUUGCAAGAAUCUGAAAUCUAAACCGGUUAGGAGUCUGCUGGGCUGUCCCCCCCCCAUUUGAUAUACGUAUAUAUAUCCAUUUUCAUUAUUCAUCUGGAUCCCCCCCUCCCGUUUCUUUUUGGCCAUCAUCCCUGGAAUCCGGAGAGAGAGAGGUCCUCAAAAAGAAAUCCCCCUCGAAAGAAAUGGCAACGAAAAUCGACAAAGAGGCGUGCAGAGAGGCGUACAAUCUUGUGAGAGACGACGCCACGGACGUGAACUGGGUGACGUUUAAGUAUGAAGGAUCCACCAUUGUCCCAGGACACCACGGAGUCGAUUAUGAGGAGUUUAUCAGACAAUGCACAGAUGACAUUCGGUUGUUUGGCUUUGUCCGAUUCACCACCGGAGAUGCCAUGAGCAAGCGGGUCAAGUUUGCCCUGAUCACGUGGAUUGGUGAGAGUGUCAGUGGCCUGCAGAGAGCCAAAACAGGGACCGACAAGACUUUGGUUAAAGAAGUAGUUCAGAAUUUUGCCAAAGAGUUUGUGAUCAGUGACCACAAGGAGCUGGAUGAGGGUUACAUCAAAGGCGAGCUGAAAAAAGCAGGAGGUGCCAAUUACGACGCUCAGGCAGAGUAACCAGGGGUGGGGGAAUGCACUGUGCCUCUCGCAGCCCCCUCCCUGGAUCAUGAAGGAGAGGGAGGGAGAAAAAGCACAAUGUAUCAUCAAAAUCAACACUUGGAGAUGAGCGGGGGGGAAGAGAGGACCAACCUGCUUUGUUUUGUGCACAUUCAGAGUCCAUUCCUGCCUCCCCAAGUGGACCUUGAGCUUUCAUUCCGUCUGGUGAAACAUCUUCUUCGUAUAUGUUCUCUCCUUUUUACAUUUUUUAUAUAUUUUUGUUAUUAUUAUUGCUUAUCUUUCUCAUUUAACAAAUGUUACAUGGGUACUUGUCUCCAUAGCAUGUUGACUCGGAAGACUUUUCUUGACUGCAGGGCAUGGUGAUGUGUCCUGCUGGAGUUCUGCUCUUGCCUUUGGCAGAUCUGCUGUUGCGCUGGGAAGGCUGCAACUGCAGCACAGAGAUGAAGGAUGCAUUUUUAGUGAAUUUGCCCUCGACCUCCAACUCUUGGACAGAAGUGUCCUCAGGAGUGGUGCGUGCAGGGUUAAUUAGGUGCAGUCAGAUCGUAUGCACGCUUACUCGGAAGUAAACCUCGUUGUGUUCCAUGGGAUUUGCAAUACAAGCCUAUAGGUGUCUACUCAGAAGUAUGUCCCAAUGAGUUCAAUGUGGCUUACUCCUAGGAAAGUGGACAUUGGCUGUCAUCCUGAGCAUACUUACCAAGAAGACAGCCUGAGUGAAAACAGUGGGACUUAACUUCCAUCUAUGUGAUUGCACUUUUACUUCCAAGUAAAGGACAAUAGGUUUGCAAUCUUAAAUGAUCUAUAUUGAACAUGUUCUACUGAGUUCAGUAAGGUCUUGCUCCUGAGGAAGUGUGCAAAGGAUCGCAACUUUCAGCACAAACCUAAACAUGCUUACUCAAAAGUAACUUCUAAAUUCAAUGGGACUAAUGUGUAUAGGAUUGCAGCUGUAGGGGGCAAUCUUAUGCACACUUACUAGGAAGCCCCACUGCAUACAGUUGGAUUUACUUCUGGGUAAACAAAUACAGGCUUGUGUUGUCAGUCAGUUGGAUGGAUUGGUUUUUGUUUUUGUUUUAAGUGCGGCAUUUUGUUCCCCAAGGCUAGAGCUGAAACCAGAAAAAAUCAAAUGUGAGUUGAAAUAACUAGCAGAGACAAUGUUGAGUAAUAGUUGUGGGGAAACAUAAUCUGUAUUACAGCUUUUAAAGGAACAACAAAAAAUAUAACUUGCCUUAACAAAGUUGCUUGGCUCUGUGCUAUAUAUGUGUGUGUUCUCCCUCUUUUUUCAAAAAAAGUGCUUUUCUUUUUAUUGGAUUUUUUUUAAAGGUUGCCUUAACAGCAGACAACAAGGGAAAAAGUAAAAUAUCUCCUCUUUGGAUUGUACC